UCCUCUGGCUGAGAUCCCAUUGCCGCCGUCGCUCCUCCGUCCAUCUACAUACAUAAGCAGCUAAUCAGGGAAGAAGAUCCACAGAUCACAAGCUUGCAACAGAUCAUUGCUGUCGCCCGUUCAGUUCCAUCAGCAUCAAAGCCGACGGUUUCCUCGCUCUGCAGAGUCGAGUGCCGGCCAUGGAGGUGGGCAUCGAGGCGGCGCGUUGGGUGGUCGGAAAGGCCCUGGGAGCUGCCUCGGGCGGGGUGCUGGAGGCCUGGGCGGCGAGCUCCGAGCUCGGCCCCAACAUCCGGGCUCUCAGGAUGGAGCUGCUCUACGCGCAGGGGAUGCUCAGCAAUGCCCGCAGCCGCGGCUACGGCCACGGCCCGGAGAUCCAGAACCCGGCCCUGGGGGAGCUGCUCCGGGAGCUCCGGGACCAGGCGUACCGGGCCGACGACGUGCUGGACGAGCUUGACUACUUCCGCAUCCAGGACGAGCUCGACGGCACCUACCAUGCGGCGGACGAGCAUGCCAGGGGCUGCCUCCGCAACCACGCUCUGAAUGCUCGCCACACCGCCAGAAACAUCAGGAAGAUGCUUGCUGGCUUCUCCAAGUGCUCCAGCAGCUCUGCUGAGCACGAUGAGCAAGAUGAAGAAGACAACACGAGCGGCAGAGGAGUCAAGUGUGGAGCUUGCCCAUGCCUUGGCCGCAAAAUUCCCUCUGAUGAUGAGCAAGAAGAAGAUGGAGGCGGCCGUGCAGCUCUGUGUGGAGCUGUCUGGCCGUGUGGAAGGGCAAGGGCCACCCCGGCGCUGCCAAGGCCACCGCCGACCAACCAGAGUGACCAGGCGGUUCACGCUGGCUGCAUGGCUAGGAUUUCCUCCGCUGCCUCUGACAUCAUCAACACUGUCGGUAAACACCUUCCAUGCUACCCUGACAACUCCAAUGCUGCAUCACCUGGACGUCGAUUCCUCUGUUGUGCCCGUCCCAACAAGGCACCACAGAGGGAACACGACGUGCAGGCACCAGAACUCAAGUUCGAUAGGGUUGAGAUGUCUCGAAAGAUGAAGGAGAUUGUAGAGCAGUUGAAGCCACUGUGUGCCAAGGUAUCAGCAAUUCUUAAUCUAGAAUUGCUGGACUCCAGCCGUAGCAUUGUCCAAUGCAUUGGUACCAGCCUUGACACAUGGUUCUCAAAGGGACAGUGGCCCGCACCAUCACAUAGAAAUGCUAUGAUGACCCGACCCAUAACAACUCCAGAAUUUAGAGAGCCAGAACUUUAUGGCAGGGAGCACGAGAAAAGUGACAUCAUUUUUGACAUCACUGAGGGGAAGUAUUGUGAGGAGGACCUCACAGUACUUCCAAUUGUUGGUCCGGGGGGCAUAGGAAAGACAACUCUAACACAAUACAUAUAUAAUGAUGAUGAAGUUCAGAGACAUUUUGAAGUAAAAUUGUGGGUAUGUGUAUCAGUCAAUUUCAGUGUGUAUAGAUUGACACAAGAGAUUGCAAAUCAACUCAAAACUGACAUAAAGGAUAGUCCAGAUAGGGGGAUUGAAGAUAAAUUAAAAUCCAAAAGGUUUUUGCUUGUCUUGGAUGAUAUGUGGAAUUGCAGUAAUGUGGAUGAGUGGAAUAGGUUUCUAGUGCCGUUCACAAAAGGACAAACAAAAGGCAAUGUAAUUCUAGUCACAACUCGGAUUCCUGCAUUAGCACAAAUGGUUAAAACACCUACUAGUGAUUGGAAAGACUUGAAAGGUUUAGACCCUGAAUCAUUUAAGGAGUUAUUCAGGGCCUACGCCUUUGGUGACAAGCAAUCACUGAAGGAUCAUAAUGAAUUACUAGAUACUGGAGACGAGAUUGUCAAAAAAUUAAAAGGCUCCCCCCUUGCUGCAAAAACUGUUGGAAGGUUAUUGAGAAACAACCUUGAUUUGGGUCAUUGGACUAGAAUUUUAGAAAGUAAAGAAUGGGAAUCACAGAAUGAGGAUCAUGAUAUCAUGCCAGCGUUGAAGCUUAGCUUUGACUAUCUCCCCUUCCAUCUGCAACAAUGUUUUACUUAUUGUGCACUAUUUCCAGAAGAUUAUAGAUUCAGUAGAGAAGAACUAAUUCACUUCUGGAUAGGACAAGAUGUCUUGCAUUCACAUGGUGAAAAUAAGAGGAUUGAAGAUAUAGGACUAAGCUACCUGAUAGAAUUGGUUGGUCAUGGUUUUCUUAUAAAGGAAGAAGAUGAAUAUGGGCACACUCAUUAUGUCAUUCAUGAUCUGCUACAUGAAUUAGGGCUAAAGGUUUCAGCACAUGAAUGCCUUACCAUAUACAGUUCAAAUGUGAGAUCCAUACAAAUACCCAUGUCAAUACGACACUUGUCUAUCAACAUAGAUGACUCCAGUGUCGAGGACAGGAAGACUUUUGAUAUUUGCAAAGAAGAUUUUAGUGCAUUAGGCAAAAGAUUGAAAGUUGAGAACCUACACUCUUUGAUGAUUUUUGGGAAGCACCAGAGUAGCUUUGUUAAGAUUUUUCAUGGUUUGUUCCAGAAAGCAAAAGCCCUUCGUGUUAUUUUCAUAUCUGGGAGCAGUUAUAGGGUGGAAGAUUUAUUCCACAACUUCUUUAACCUGGUCCAUCUUCGAUACCUUCGGAUACACAAUGAAUUGGGGGCUAUAUCUCAACCACCAGAGAAAAUUUCAAGGUUUUACCACAUGAGGGUCCUAGACCUACAAGGAUGCCACAAUUGCAGUGAUUUAUCAAGGCAUAUGAGAAACCUCUUAAAGUUGCGUCAUUUUCCUGUUCCAGAUGAUACAGUGCACGCAAGCAUUUCUGAGGUGGGACAAUUUAAAUUGUUACAAGAGUUAAGAAGAUUUGUGGUUAAAAAAGACAAAAUUAAGGGUUUUGAGUUGAGGCAGAUAGGACAUUUGCUAGAGCUAUGUGGAUCAUUGAGAAUUGACAAUCUUGAAAAUGUUGAAGGAAGGGAAGAAGCAGAUGAAGCAAAGCUAAUGUACAAGAGACACCUGGAAGAGUUAGUAUUGAACUGGCAUGUUAAUCUAUCCAACAAGGAUCCUGCACGUGAAGAUCAAGUUCUUGAAGGCCUCAAGCCACAUAGCAAUCUUCUAAAGCUAUGCAUUAGAGGGCAUGGAGGUCCUACUUGCCCUUCAUGGCUAGGUCCGAACCUCUCGGUUAUGAAUUUGCAAUCUCUUUGUCUGGGUGGUGUGUCUUGGAAAAUAUUUCCUCCUAUAGGUGAGUUGUGGCUAGUUAAUGAGGAUGCUGAUGAAAUUUCUAGUAAUAUCCCAGGCCAACACUUCAAAAAUUUGAAAAGGAUAGAACUUAAAAAUUUAGCAAGGCUGAAAAGAUGGGUCGUCGGUCAAUUGUUGUCCCACCUGGAAGUACUCAUCAUUAAAGAUUGCCCUGAACUCCUGGAGCUAUCCUUUUCAAAUUUUAGUUGCAGUCCGAUACUGCAGGAGCUGAGCAUUGAGAACUGUCCGAAACUGUUGUCCUUGCCUCCCAUUCCAUGGACCAGCGCUCCGCGCUCUGUUCGGCUAUCAAGAGUUGGUUUGGACUUGGAGAGAUUGCAGUUCCCAUAUGAUGAUAAUUUAUUAUCCUUGGAAAUUAUUGGAAAGAGUGAUCAGGAGGAUAUGACAGCGUCUUUCUGGAGGGUCUUGGACUUUGACAAAUUAACCGGACUAGAGAAGCUGGUGAUGGGUAACUGCCCUCCCCCGCCUCUUGAUGGCCUCCGAAAGCUGGCGUCAACUAUAAAGUUCCUGGAGAUAUCAUAUUGGAACAGGGUUACUAGUGGGAAGGAACUAACACAAAUGCUCCGUUGCCUGACGAAGCUCUCGGAAUUGAGAAUUUAUAGAUGUGGGAAGAUAGCAGGGUUAGGUGUGGUGGAGCAGCUAAAGGAGGAGGAAACAGACGAAGCGUUGCUGCUCUUGCCUCCCCAACUACAGAAGCUGGUUAUUUGGCAGUGCCCAGAGCUUAGCCUCCGAGCCGAUUCACCCUACGGCGGAAAUGGAGGCGGCCUCCAAGCUCUGUCCUCUCUCCAUUCCUUGUAUAUUAUUGGUUGCCCCAAGUUCCUCGCCUGCUAUUUGCCGUCGCCCUCUUCUUCUGGUUUUCCCUUCCCAACCUCGCUGCAAUCCCUCUGGUUUAUUGGCGUGGAGAAACUGGCGCCCCUCUCAAACCUCGCUUCUCUCGUUAACCUGCAAAUAGGGGCUUGCGUCAUCUCCGAAGGCGCGGGCUUGCUGCGUCUCCUCGCCCACAGCUGCCUCCGUGAAUUAAUCGUCUUCGGAACCCCCAAUUUGUUCUCCACUGAAUGUUGUUCAGAGGACACCCUCGAACCUUCAUCGUCCCCUUCCACCAAACUGCAGUCGCUGCAGACGGAUGACGUGGCAGGAGUCCUUGCGGCACCCAUCUCCACGCUCCUCUCUUCCUCCCUCACCAGUUUAUACCUUCUGCCUAAUGAGAUGGAGCGCCUCACAGAGGAGCAGGAGGAGGCCCUUCAGCUCCUCACCUCCCUACAGGAACUCGACUUGUCACAUUGCUACAAGCUGCAGUGCCUCCCGGCGGGGCUACAGAGACUGACAAACCUCAAGAGAUUACUGAUUCCUGGCUCUCCAGCCAUCCACUCCCUGCACAAGGACGGCCUCCCUGAUUCCCUGCAAGAAUUAGAGAUCCGCAGUGGAGACAUCCGGUCGCUGCCCAAGGACGGCCUUCCCAAUUCCCUGCGGAAAUUAAAAAUCUCCAUCUGCUCAUCCAUCCGCUCGCUGCCCAAGGACGGCCUCCCUAAUUCCCUGGAGGAAUUAGAGAUCUCCUUCUGUCCUUCCAUCCGGGGUCUCCCCAAGGGCGGCCUCCCAAGUUCACUGCAGUUAUUACAUGUCAGUAAUGGCAACAGCGAGGAGCUAAGGAGGCAGUGUCGCACGCUGAUAGGAACCAUUCCAAUAGUCAGAGUCUGACUAAAUUACUCAAGGUCUCUUGUUCAAAUGUAAAUUCUUCUAACCUCUUAGGAUUCGCUUUCUAUCGAUUGAUAGUUCUGAUUCCGAGUUGUCAAGCAUGAGCAUCUUCUCAGCAUGUGCCCUUCCACACUGUACAUAAAUCGAGGGAUCUUCUUGGAACUGUACAUUCUUAUAGGCUUGUAUGAAUCUUUCUAUAUCCAAGGAAAAUUCAGUAUUAUCAACUAUCAAUACCUCAGCAUGUAGAAAAAAACUGAUAUAUGAAAUAAGCCAGUUUAAGAGAAUGCAUCUCCGCUUGUACCAACCUUCUUAAAACACUUGCCUGCUGCCGUGGGUACUCCUGCAUGUUAUAAUUUGCAUCCUCGCAUUUUUUUUUACUCUGAAACUACUGUAUAGAUCUGAAUUGAUAUUCCAAUUUAUUUUCCUGACAUAGGAACAAUUUGCCCUUCAUACAUCUUAAUUCAUAUUCUGCCUUUCAUCAAUAUGGCUGACUAAUGGAGCAUAAUGUAGCAUAUAUUGUUAGAGACUCAACUAUGGCAAUCUCAACAUGUAACUUCCAUCCUGUACGCAAGGCUGCAUAUGACUAGCUUGUUUGGAUAUGGUGCUUAUAUGCUACUUAGCUGCACUUCUUAUUGUCGAUCACGUCCUUUGGCAGAUGUUGUGGGAUAAAUGCUCUUUUUUACCACUGUUGCAAGAGGGUAUGAGCAAUGUACUCUUCAAAACCGGAAGCUAGUUUUGGCUCAACUCAUACCAACUCAGUUGCAAACCAGCAGCAAAUGGAGUUAGCUGGAAACAACAUGGGUCCUAGUAACGGAGCAAAUAACAAUAACAACUUAGCUGCAAGGCAACGCCUACGGUGGACAAAUGAACUGCAUGAAAGAUUUGUUGAGGCUGUUACUCAACUCGGUGGUCCUGACAAAAUACAGGCUAGCAAAGUACAUUCCUGAUGCUUCAGCUGAUGGUAACAAGGCUGAUAACAAGGACCCAGGGGAUUUGCUUGCGGGACUUGAGGGAUCCUCUGGAUUGCCAAUAUCUGAAGCCCUCAAGCUGCAGAUGGAGGUCCAAAAGCGGCUGCAUGAACAGUUAGAAGUACAAAGGCAGCUGCAGCUGCGUAUUGAGGCUUAGGGAAAGUACCUCCAGAAGAUCAUUGAAGAGCAGCAGCGCUUAACUGGCGUGAAAUCUGAAACUCCUGCUGCAGGUGCUUCUGUCACAGUAUCAAGUGAUCAAUUCCCUGACUCUGAGCGGACCGAGCCCUCGACUCCUGCGCCGACAUCCAAGUCUCCAACUAAAGUUGUCACUUCCAAUAGGGACACUGGAGAACGGACUGAAGCAACCAAGAGCACCUGUCGUGGUGAUUCACUCUCCCGUCACGAGCCACUGACCCCUGAUUCCAACUGCCAGAAUGGCUCGCCUCCUGCUAGUCCAAACCAUGAGAGGGCAGCAAAGAGGCAACGAGGCAGUGGUAAUGAUUUCUUGGAUGCCGAGGCUGAUUUUUCCCUUCCGCGCAACAUCUUCGAAUCGAGCUCAGGCUCCGAGUUCCAGCCGUAUUCAAUGUCCUACUCAGGCAAUUAGCUUCUGAUGCUUUCGUCAUUGCUAGCUUGUUGAGCACAAUGUGCAUGAUCUGAUCCAUGUCUCUGUAGGUCUGGGUAGAAUGAUGCUAUCUCAAGGAUUGUAUUGUUGGUAGACAAAGUUGUAGGGGGGUUCAGUGAUUGUUUACAUGAUAUACAUGACAUCUACAAGUGCUUAGGUUUGUAACAUCUAUGUCCCAUCUGUAGUUCAGUGGAGAUGUGUUGGUGGAAGCCUAAUGUUCCGUUGCUGUGUUACCUAUACCAUGUUGUCAGCU